GGCCUCGCCACGCCGCCGCUGUGCCCUCGCCCCGGGCCGCCCGUGCCAGUGCCCCCUCAGCCGCUCGUUGGCGCCUACCGCGAGCGGGGGGUCCCUCAACGGUAGCGGCGGCAACUGGCGGAAGUGACGCGCUGACUGACAGCCUCAUCAACAACAAUAAAGAUACUGAAUCAGAACAAGCUGGCAAUCCUGUUGAUGAAACACGGGAGAGCGCAGACUCCAGCUGGCUCUUCAGCAGAUACGUUGGCCGGUUGACAGGACUAAAACGGCAAGAAACCUGACAUACAAAACACAUGCAGUGCGAGGAGACAGACAGCAGAGGCAGGCAGAGUAUAAUCAAACCCAUUGAGCCUGCAACUGGGAUAUUGAGUGCGAGAGCAAACAAAGGGCUGGGUGAACUGGUCCCCUAUUGUUAAGCACAAGUGUCCACAGCAGCUCAUCCAGAUACAGGCACCCACCAUGUCCGACAAACCAGAUUUUGCAGAAAUCGAAACAUUUGACAAGACCAAGCUGAAGAAGACAGAAACCAGAGAGAAAAAUCCACUGCCCACUAAAGAAACUAUCGAACAGGAAAAGCAAAGUGAAAGUACAGCCUAAGCGUAAAGCUGAAGAUGUGACUGCUGCUUCUUCAGUGGGGUUUUGGCUUCCAAGUCGGGUUGUUUGUUUUGUCCCUCCCACCCCCCAAAAUGGGUUUAUUGCCCAUUUAUUUUAGCAAACAUUUGCUCAUUUAAUGUUCCCCGGGGAAUAAGUUUGUUUUGUGUUUGUUGAGCAAGAGACUGUGUAUUUGUACUCUUAAAACUAUAAUCCCAAAUUCUGUAUCAACCCCAUUACUUGCCAAAAAAAGCGCAAUUUGCAUUAAAAUUGUUGUCCUAAACCUCACAAUAAACAGGUUUCUUCUGA